GGCGACACUUGGCCGGUCAUCGUCGAAAACCGUUAUUAUGCGGCAUCCGUUGUUGACGCCUCGUCUCUCGUGACCCGUCCUUUGUCGGCGCGCAAACAGGCCGGGAAAUGGCGGAGGCCGAGGAGGCCGAUCGGCCGAACAACGCGCGGCUGUUCCAGGUCGCCGUCACCAACAGUCUCAGGAACAUAAGCGAGUCCGUGAGCGAGAAUGAGUUUGUCGAUAUACUCCCGAUUCUGAAAUCGAAACCCAGCAUUGCCCAGAAGUUACACAAAGCCCUAAUAAAGGAACUGUAUAAUGGCAUGAGUAAUGAUGUGGAAAAUAUAUUGAAGGAAGGCAGUUUGCAGGAUGUUUUGAGCAAAAUAGCUAAACUGUCCGAGGAAAAUACGACGUCCGUUAACGAAGACGCAUGGCGUCCACCGGGAGAUGUAAUCACACACUUGAGAUCAUUAGAUGCACACAAAAUCAAGGAAGCAACUGAAGAAUUGGAGAAGCAAGUAAAUGAAAUAGAAGAAGAGAAUGAAACUCUAAUGAAGACAAUUGCAGAAAAUAGAUCAAGAAUAUGUGCCAGGAAUGACAGCAUGAUGAGAAUUUUUGAUCGUAUGCCAAUCAUAUUGCAAGAAUUAGAGAAACUGUAUGAAGAAUUAAGGAAUUGUCACAAAAUGAUCAAAGAUGAACAUUUUUAAGAUAAAGUUUAGAAAUAUUUGGUGUGUGUGUGUGUGUGUAUAUAU